UGUACACGGCCACGCGUCUACCGGCGGCAGGGGAAAGCCGAUCUCCAUGCGAGCCGUCACUCCCGGCGUGUUUGCCCAGGGGUCGAAUAAGUGCAAGUCGGACCAUCGAAAGGGUCCUCGCUCGUUAACUUCACAGCAGACGGGCUCUUGUCGCGACUACGUCACCCGGUGGAGAUCUCGUCGGCUCGUUUCCCGGGGCAUUAAGGGUUCCCAACUUGCCCCGAGUUGCCUGCGCCAGUCGUGGCAGGGCCUUGUGCAGCGCCGAAUAAGGCCACCCAAGAUUGGGGAUCUACCACGACCGGCAUGCGUAGACGACUCGAGCGACGAAGCAGAGGAACCGUACUUCAAGCUAACGCGAUCACGUCCACCGCGUUACACGAGGCGCUGCUGCACGGACCUCGACCAGUGCUUCGGUCUCCGACGACGCACGACGCCAACGAAAGGGCGCCGUAGUAGCGACAGCCUCCCCGGCGAAGGACCGGUGAAGACAGCACCCAUGCCGACACAAGAAGCAGCGCAGCGUACCAGGCCUCCUCCUGCACCGAGAUUGUCGACGUCAUCGUCUUCGACGACUUCUUCCCCGGUUGAGGAAGAUUCUAGUGCCGCCCUCCUUGAAAGGUUGUCCUUGAACUGUAGCCGACGUGACUCGAGUCCACUACCCGACACGUCUUCACCCCAGUCAUCUCCCCAAGCGCCCUUAGAACUCCGACCGACGUGUGAUUCGUCCGACCUGUGCGAGUCCCAACGCGGCGGCUGCGGUCGGCGGAGGCUUCCCCGCAUCACAUACUCAGUGUCGCAAGAUUCUCAUCUGGUUGCCCCCGGACAUCAUCGGCCAAUCUACCCGGGUCUGCCUUUCUCACCCUUUAGCUCACCCUCCUCAUCCCCGCGUCUCGGUCGGGCCAUACGCGAGUCACGAAGGGUGUCCAUCGAAUCUCAUGCGGGGUACACGCUGCUCAACCAGUAUAUGCUCAAGGAAGACAUCGGUCAGGGAUCCUUUGGUAUCGUGAAGUUGGCAUACAGUCAAGAGGACGACAGCCACUAUGCAAUGAAAAUCUUGUCCAAGAAGAAGCUUUUGAAAAGAGCUGGAAUGUUCGGUCGCCACCCUCCACCGCGGAAUGGACGGAGCAACAGCACCGCAAACCCCCUGGACCAAGUGUAUCAUGAAAUAGCCGUCCUCAAGAAACUCAAUCACCCCAACAUUGUGAAGUUAGUCGAGGUUUUAGAUGACCCUGAAAGUGAUAAUUUAUACAUGGUUUUCGAAUUCCUGGAAAAGGGACCCGUAAUAGAGAUCCCGACGGAUUUUCCAUUGUCCGAAGCCCAAGCCUGGACUUACUUUAGAGACGUUGUUUUAGGAAUAGAAUACCUUCAUCACCAGAAGAUUAUUCACCGCGAUAUCAAGCCUUCGAACCUUUUAUUGGACGACAGAGGAAGGGUACAGAUCGCCGACUUUGGUGUCUGCAAUCAAUUCGAAGGCGUCGACGCCCUGCUGUCCGGCACCGCUGGAACGCCCGCCUUCGUUGCGCCAGAAGCAUUAUGCGAAAGCCGAUGUCAGUACAGUGGAAAAGCAGUGGACGUUUGGGCCAUGGGCGUCACCCUCUUCGCCUUCGUGAUUGGUCAGGUUCCUUUCCACGACCCAAACCUUCUCAUCCUCUACAACAGGAUCAAGAAUCAGACACUGACAUUUCCUGAAUCACCCGCGCUGAGUGCCGAGCUGGAAGAUUUGUUAGCGGGAAUGCUUCACAAGGAACCCGACAAACGGCUCAGCGUUCCGGAGAUCAAAUUGCAUCCGUGGAUCAGCAAAAAUUCUACCUACCCCAUGCCUUCCGAGGAAGAAAACUGCGUCUUCGUGGAGGUCACGGAAGAAGAGAUCAACAGCUGCGUUCGAACCAUACCGAAGCUGGACACUCUGAUUCUGGUGAAGAGCAUGCUCAAGAAGCACUCUUUCGGGAACCCUUUCAGAGACUGCCCCAGGCACAGAGGUCAAUUCACUAAAGGAGGAAGAUCCAAUUCAGCGCCCUCCUCUUUCGAUUUGCUUCUCAAGAGGAAAGUGUCCCUGGAGAGCCCGCUGCCAGCUGUGGACGAGAUGUGUUUCAUGGACCACAUCACCCAAAGUUAAAUUACCGGGCGCUUCGUCUUCAGCCAGCCGCCUCCUUCGACAGGCGGCGGAGCCAACGCAACGCGGACCAAGACUACUGCGGCGGAUAUAGUUGACACCAGAGGACAGCUCUCUACAUGCCGUCGCCGUUGCCUCUCAGCAUUGCUGCGUUCAGUCUGACUCCAAGGCUGACCCGGCUUACGUACGGAUGUUUGCUAGUUCCAACCGGAUCUGUCUUUUUCUUUUUUUUAAUUAGUGAGGCAUUAAUUCUCUAAGAACGCGUUGUCACAGCGGGUAGAAGAAGCCUGGUCGCGUAAAGGGCGUGACGUAUAGUCAGAGUCCGCCAAUCACAACCGUAGCUAUGGUGACGAGCCGCCAUUGGCCGCAUAAGAAGCCACUGGUAGCCACAGGAAGCCUGUGUUUGAAAUCAUCUGCGUCGGUUUGGCGAAGCAGACGACAUCGCGACUUUGAUGCCCUCCUGGCGAAGAGGGCAUUAAGCGGUCCUCCUUCUACUAUGCUACCGUACUUCUACAGUGAUAAAACAGAACUUGAUCACGUGACCCUUUUAAGGCCAACUACUCCAGAGAAUGAUACUGUUAUCACGCCUGAUUUGUGCAGAGUGUGGGGCGUAUGCCUCGCAUUUUCGAAGAAUCGGGGGGAGAAAUCGAUGCCAUUCGGAUUCGGAAUGAUGGUUGGCUAGCUGCGUGAUAUCCGAUGAAGUUCUGUCUUCAGAGUGUAGGUGGCGCUGAUCAAGGGCCCUUUGUCGUCCCCGGACUGGUUUCUUCGCUUCUUCCUUUGUAUUAGUAGUACAGAUACAUCUUGAGUGACACAGAUAACGCGGCCACAUUGUGCGUAUACGUUAACCAAACCGACACCGUGAAAUCACAUAUGCAAAAUUGCAAAAAGCCACAAAUGUUACACCUCGUGGUAUUCUUUUCGUUAAGCGUGUCCUGCGUGCGGGCGGUAUGCAAGUCAAUUGCUGAAUACCAUGCGCUAUGUGUCGUGUGAAUGCAGAAACUACGGACCGUAGUCUCUCGGGCCAAGAGCUGGCAGGGUUUUUGGCAUCGAACUGCGUUUAAAUCCAUCACUCAUAUGCAAUGUCUACUUGCGAGAUGUGCCAGAUAAGCUGAGCACAGGAAAGUGAUAUCUGAAGGAGUGAUAACUAAACUUCAGAACUAAAAACGGACCUUCACAGUGUUACGAGUACGAGUGGGUACGAGUGUACCCUUGCAUCUAGAAUGACAAUAUUUUAACAUGUUGUCACUUUUAUCUUGCAAGGUUUGCAGGAGGAUAAACAGUACACUUCAUUUAUCUUUUCUUUUCUUUUUCGCUUUUCAUUCAGUGAUUGAUUUCGCAUCCAAUGUUCCCUCCUCUUUAAAAGGGCGGUUGUAUCCGUUCCAGUCGAUUUCGAAACAAAAGUGUCAUUUUAUUGGCGUAGUUUGACUGUUAUUCGACGGAAUACACGAACAAGAGCAGACACCGGAUGUUAAGGGUAUGCCGGAAUUCCCUCUCUGCAAAAACGAGGAAACGUCACUCCCUAAGAACCAAUUAGGGCGCGACCUUGAGAAAAGGAACGGCGCGGCCGUGGAGACGUCUCAUAGAGUUACGGGCCUUUGGAAGCGGCGCCUAUCCUCCUCUGAGCGUCGCCCUCUCCCUCCUCCGCUUAAGGAGUGACGUCACGCUACCGGUUAAAAUUGGUUUAUUAAAAAAUCUAAGCAGUUUUUCGACGAAAAAAAUUAGCCGGGUAGGUUGUCAAUCGAUGUCGAACGUAGUUGUUUCAUAGAUGGGUUUCCGAAUGCGAUUGUCCCUUUAAAGGAGUUGCGACAUUUCAAGUUAUUACGCAUAAAUGUAAAAUUCAAUUAAUUGCAUCGAUGUGAACCUGCAUUCGAAGUUUUACAGCAAAGUGAGUAGCAGGCGUCUCCUCCUCCAGUGAGGAAGCGCGGCAGAGGUCACGUGCUUACCACUACCAAUGGGGUGUCCGAGCUUCGAGUACGUAUGUUUAAAGGGCUUUAAAUCGCUAAGUACGACGCGUAGAAAACUAAUCUUUUUUUUCUCUCUCUACACUCUAAUGUGCAAUACGACGUGUGCAUGAUGUAAUGAACCACAUCUACCAAGGUGUCACAACCCCUUUAACAAGACAGCAGUAUCCCGAUCGGAGUGACAGGUUACAGCGUGGUCUAGUCUUUCCGGCAGCAGGAACUCAUAACAAGAGGCGUAGCAUCGACAUUGCGCCUUGCAAAUGCCUGCUAGAGGCUUGUAAGUGCUUGCAGCGCAUGCGCCAUGAGCGCCAACGUUUCCCCUUCAGUGGCCAGGUCAACGCGCGAGUGAACUAGCGCACGCCGUCUUGCAGCCACACUGCAUUUAAUGUUUCGCCUUUUGAAAAACAAAGCCAGUUUUCAGUACCGUCAAGGCCAUGCCAACAUGUGUACGGCUCGCGUCAAAGUUAACGUGAACUACGUUGCUAUACCUGUGAAGCGAGAAGAGAUAGCCACCCUGGCGGCGCCAUGUGGAAAACAACGCCUUCAUUACGAGGGUCGCCCACUCUAGCGGUAAAUAGAUGACCAAAAUCACCCUCCCCCGUUAUUUCUUCUAACCACUACCAGGGUCCGCAUGCCGAAAUGGCGUUCAAGUUAACUCUGAUGCUUGCUGUACAUGACAUGCAUUUACCAACGUGUGAUAAACCCUUCGCCUUGUUCAGGCAUAGAUGGAAAACGGAACUGCCGAAGCGACCUUAAAGGGACGCUAAAGUGCAAAGAGUUGUCUUCGCGGAAUGAAAGAUACCGUUACCUUGACAGCAAUACAAAAGGAACGGGAUUCACCCGUUCGCUCCUUCUCAAGAAGGGCGGCAACGCGGAGCGGCCACGUCGUUGGUCCCCUCAAACGAUAUGUCCAAUCAUCGAGGGAGAUCGUUUCGGGAGACCAAUCAGAGGCCGCGCAUCUUGAGAAGGAGAGAGAGAGGGAAAACGAACGGUGCUGUUUCUUUCGCUCAUGAAUCACGAACGACGCAACGGAUGAAUCCCGUUCCUUUUUAUAUUCCUCUCAAGGUAACGGCUUCUUUCAUUGCGCGAGGAGAAAUUUUUGCACUUUAUAGCGUGGACUGUAGUGUGAGCAUUUCAACGUGCAAUUUAACAGCUCCUUCGCUACAGUUUAUGCCAUACAUAGGAGAAAUGGUGACUAAAAAACAUUUGCCCUCGGUUCUCAUUCGGCAAUUAUUAUUGUUCAGCCGUUCCUUCGGACAGUGGGCGUGGCACUCUCGCAGGGGGUCACGCUGUAAUAUUUAUUAAAUUAAUGGACCGCAGCGGAGCACUCAGCUCGACACGUAAGGUACAAUCGAUAAUUCCGUAGAUGUAUCGUGCGGUUCCGCAGGCGUCGAUUGUUGCAACAACAACAGGCUUUGUUGUUACCAGCAAUUUCGGUUCCCUCAUCCAGAAGAACGCAUUUCCAAAGAGACGUUUUGGAUAGACUAAUACGAUGUAGCUUUAGGCAAAUGAAGCUCUGUAAUUAGUGUUUUCCCCCCGGCACACCAGGGAUUAGCGAGGGAAGCCAACUUUACGUGUGUGCUUGUCUAUACGCCGUCCUGCGCCAGCAGGUUAGGUUAGGUCGGGUUAGGCAGGACGAUGAAGUAGCGGUAAACAUUGACAGUAUUUUUAGCUUACACGAUCAUCCCUGCAUUUGUAUCGUGCACGUUUACCAGCCUCUGCGCACACUGUUGACGUAUAUAUAUAUAUGUAUAUAUUUCAUCCUGAUAACAGUGCGGACCACACUAUAUUUCAGCAAUACUGUGUUUAAUGAUUUUGUUCACCCUCUGACGGUACAAAGUCGAUAUGUACACACCGGGCUUAUUGAGAUGGCAGCCAUUAUCGUUAAAGAUGCGUAUAAAUCUGGAUACACAAGACAAUCAACGGAUAGUGUAAAAUACCCUUUAAUAUCGGGGACCCCGAUUUUUCGCGAAUCGCGGACACAAGACACAUACACAAUCUGUAGAUGCUAAAGUUCUUGGCUCGAUUGCUUCACGAUAGGCCUUCGAUUAUCCUUACUAUAUUUAAUUAACACUAAUUAAUGCUUGCGCGGUGGAGCAGUUGCUUACUGGCAACCAAGCGUCAAAAUAAGUUUGCGAUUGUAUCGUUGCUUUCCAAGAGUGAAUACUUGCUCGAAAUUUUCGCCUGCCCUUAAAAUUAGCGAAUUUUUCGCUGAAAUUAGCGCAGAAAGUGGAAAUGAAAGUGCUAUUUAAAUUAGAGCAGUGCGAAUCGUCGUUACCUGUCGCAUAACUGAGGACAACAUAAAUGGGGUGGAAUUAAUUUCUUAGGUUGUCAAAAAUAGUCUGUUUGCGUCUAGACAUCAAGUCUGUUAUAGUUUUGUGGUCUCCAGCAUAGACAUCGUGUCGGACAAGUCAAAAUGCAGUGUCCUACGAAGAAUGGUUAAGUUCGAACGAGUUUCAGGCCUCGUUAAUUAAUUAAUGAGCGUACAAGAGCGACAGAAAUUCUGAUAAUUAUGUUUCUUUUGACGGGCUUAUUUUUCUUUUGACGUGAGACGGGGCAAAAAGAUGCCACUUUUGAUUUCGUGGUUGCGAAUCGCCCAUAAUAAUACCGGUAUCAAGUAUAUAUAACACUGGUAGCACGGUUCGCUAGGUUGAUGUGAGGUUUCCUUACAUUUUACAUUUUGUGCUCUUAUUUCUUUCUUUCCCUCUUCUCUUUCUCUCUCUCUCUCUCUUGUUACUUGCAUAAUGGAUGGUAUCCCUGACUCGUGGGUAUACCAUCUGCAUAGUACCUCUGGUUAACGAUCCGAAGUCCCUGCUGGUACAUUUAGGAAGCGAAAAACCAUUUCUUAGUGAAUUGUGUACCAAUCACCGGCCGACCCGUAUAGACGCCAAUGUACCAACUACCGAAUAGUUAAGAUUGUUUCCUGGUGCAUUAUGCUUCAAUCACUGACCAGCUUGUAGAAGGUGUCAAUGUACCAGAUAGUCAUUGCGAAGUAUAGGACAUCAAUGUUCGAACGCGGGGCUUUCGAUAUCGAUUUGCUUUCAACACGCAUUUUUACGUUGUGAUUACGUGGGAACCUCUUUGGCCUUCCUUGUCACGUCAUGGUUGCAUGUAUAAUAUCUGCAGACUAUCCGACUAUGUAGAUAAUGAUCACGCCCAAAACAUCGCCCACCGCCUUGUGCCUCCUGUUUACCUAUUUGAAAAGCUAUAACAAGUAGACAACGUAUAGCGUGUCUUAAUCGCACAACUGAUAACCGAGAUUGAUUACCAAUAAUGUAUCGGACCAGAACGUAUAGCAACCGGAGACAGCGCAGGUGAUACUGGCACGGUUGUUUAUCUGUCUUAUUCAGCGGAUUUCAAGGGUAACAGAUAUUUUCUUGCUACACUUCAGGUGGUAGUCGACAUACAGUCGGGUAUACAGGUCCCUCGUGCACGACACUGCCGAUAGGGGAUAGCAGGAGAUUACGGACAAGUGUGUCGCAAGCAAUACAUGUACAGUGAACCCUCGUUAUUAUGACCAUGGUCAUUCCCGAAAAUUUUGGUCAUAAUGCGGAAUUGUCAUAUUAACGGGCGGGGGGGGGGGAGUUGCAGAGGUUUCCCUGCAUUGUUCCCCAGGAGUAUGGUCGUAAAACGCGUAUGUCAGAUUGUCGGGGGUCAUAUUAACGAGGGUUCACUCCUUUUGGAAGAUUCCAAGGUCCGGGUGCAAUCCCCGCAGCGCGACAGAAAUUCCAGAGACAAAAAAUGAGAUUUGUCUGUUGUUGACUCUGUGUAGUAAUUACUGAUUCACUGAAUUGACUGUGUUCGGCUUAUAUGACCUACAUUUUUCGUAUACCCAGUGAUCAAAAAAGAGGUUGACAUAACCAAGUGCCAAGUCCGACCCGCCUUUCGCUUCGAGCGUAUAGAGCCAGUUUGCGCUAGUGACGAAAUGCAUGAGUGACACAACCUAAAAUGCCUACUGAUGAUAACCAUCUUUACUUCCUUAUCGCACACGAGGUGAUCCACUGAAGUGCUGCCCGCGCAAUACUCAAUAAAUACCCUAACGCUACACUUAAGGUGAUCCACUGUUUUGGUAGCAUCACCACACCGAGCAGGGCUGCUUGACUGCCGGUACCUUCUACACCAUCUACCAUCUCCCGUCAUUGUGCUCCAUGCAAUCACAACUGCCCCCUAUAGUAUGAUUGAGUAGGAAGUCGCAGCACCUGUAUAUACACUACGAAGCACAUAGCUUCUUCUUACGCUAUAAACGACAUCUUCAGGCUUCGACCACAAUGACCAAUUGUGACCAAUGACCAACUUCUUGUAAUAAUCCAUAUUUUCGCUUCUAAAAUGUGUGUGUCAAACUACAAUAAAGGUUAGUUUUAUCUCUUCGCCA